AUGUUCAUCAUUGGACCUUUGGGCUCGAGCUCUUUUAAAGCCUUCAGCUCACCAGUAGCGUCCCAGUAUCUCUUCGCAGCGGCCAUGCCAGCCACGAUCAACGUCCGUCCUGAUGGUGUGGGUGUCAUCACCAUGGACAGCCCUCCAGUGAAUUCGCUGGGCACAGAAUUGGUGACCUCUUUCAAGCAGGAGUUCCCCAAGUUGGUCAGCGAUCCCAAGGUGAAGGCCAUCGUGGUCACCGGCAAAGGCAACAUGUUCUGCGGAGGUGCUGAGAUCACGGAGUUUGCGAUCAUGGUGGCCAUGGGCCCUGAGAAGAUGAAGGAGAACAACCCGGUGGCGGCCUUGAGCGAGAUGAUGGACAUGAUCGAUGCCUCGCCCAAGACCGUGGUGGCUGCUCUCAACGGCCCAGCUCUGGGAGGUGGCGGAGAAGUGAGCCUGGCCUGCCACUAUCGCGUGGCCUCGGCCAAGUCCUCGGUGGGCUUCCCAGAGGUGAAGUUGGGUCUGUUGCCCGGCGCACAGGGCACUCAGCGCUUGCCUCGUGUGGCACCGCUGCCCACGGCCAUGUCCAUGAUCCUCCAGGGCAAUCCGCUCAAUGCCCAGGCCGCGAAGAAGAAUGGUAUCGUGGACCUGGUGGCCAGCAAGGAUCUCAUCGAGGAAGCAGCUGAAUGGGCACUGAGCCAUCCACCUGCACCCAUCUCCAAACGGGAGGUCCAUAAGACCAACAGGUUUAUGGUGGCCGCAGGUGGACUGGAGCAAGGGCUCAACACCGCCGUGAACGCCGCGCCCCUGAUGAUUGCGCCCAGGUCCAUCAUCAAGUGCUUCGAGGCUGCUUGCAGCGGCAAGCCCUUCCGUGAUGGGCUCAAGGUGGAGCAAGAGGAGUUCACCAAGCUCGUCUUCUCCGUGGAGAGCGCUGCCUUGCGGCACCUGUUCUUGUCCGAGCGCCUGGCGCAGAAGGUGCCCGGCGUGGAUGAGAAGCCGUUGCCCUUGAAUAAGAUCGGCAUCCUCGGUGCUGGCUUGAUGGGUGGCGGCAUUGCGAUGUGCUUCAUUCAGAAGGGCAUCCCUGUCGUGCUAAAGGAUGCCAAGCAGGAGUGGCUGGAUGGCGGCGUGAAGAAGAUCGACUCCCUGUGGGCUGGCCGCUUGAAGAAGGGCAAGUUGAGCAAGGACAAGUACAAUCAGUACCACAGCUUGCUGAAGCCCACCUUGGACUUCGCAGACUUCAAGGACGUGGACAUGGUCAUCGAGGCGGUGCCUGAGAUUAUGGACCUCAAGAAGCAAUGCUUCUUGGACAUCGAGAAGAACACCAAGCCCGACUGCCUCAUUUGCACCAACACCAGCGGCUUGAACAUCGAUGACAUCGCAGCGGUCCUUAAGGAUCCCAGCCGUGUGAUGGGAACCCACUUCUUCUCUCCGGCCAACGUCAUGCAGCUCUUGGAGAACGUGCGCACCAGCAAGUCUUCCAUUAAGACCUUGUCCACUGGCAUGCAGAUGGCCAAGAUCAUCAGCAAGAAGGCAGUGAUGGUGGGCAACUGCGAUGGCUUCGUGGGGAACCGGAUGCUGGCACCUUACGCAGGUGAGGCCAAGAUGGUGGGCGAGGAGGGUGCCACCAUUGAGCAGAUCGACAAGGCCUGCACCAAGUUCGGCAUGGCCAUGGGACCGAUGGCAUUGGGAGACCUCGUUGGCUUGGAACUCUUCUGGAAGCAGCGCCAAGCUGCUGGCGACAUGAAGAAGCAGACCAAGACUUACUACGGUCCCUAUGAGCUGACUGACUGGCUGUGCGAGAAGGGCCGCUUUGGCUUGAAGACACCCGAUCCCAGCAUCAAGGCGAACGGCCGCGGAGUCUUCAUCCAUCAGGGACGCGACAAGUACGUGGACCCCGAGGUCGUGGCCAAGAUGGAGGAGAUUCGCAAGACCAAGGGCAUCACUGCGCGGGCCGUGUCGGACGAAGAGAUCGUGGAACGGCUCUUCUUCACGAUGAUCAACGAGGGCUUCAAGAUUCUGGAGGAAGGCUACGUCGCUCGGUCUUCGGACAUCGACAUUGUCUACAUCUACGGCUAUGGCUUUCCACCCAGCAAGGGAGGACCCAUGUUCUUCGCGGAGAACUACGUGGGCUUCCAGAAGAUCCUGGAGCGACUGAAGGUCUAUGGGGCACAGGCCAAGGAGCGAUUCACCAAGAAUCCGCACUACCUGCCGAUCGACUACUUCGAGCCUUCCAAACUCUUGGAAGCUUGCGCCCAGAAGCAAGGCACCAAAGUCUUCCCAGGACAAACCCUCAUCGACGUGGUACAAGCCAACACCGACAAGGACUACGAGAAGCCCAUCUUCGAUCUGCCGGGGCCCUUGAGGCCACCGGCGGCCCCUGCCCGGUACAAGGCCUUGACCAAAAUCCGCCUGAGGGUGGCGCCACACAAGUUCGCGGAUUUGGUGACUCCGACCUACGAGAUCCAAGAAGGGGAAGAGUUUCGAGUCCUGGAAGCCAAAACGGACGAAUCCGAUCCUGGCGUGCUAUGGUUGCGAACCGGCCAGGACUCCGGGGCUGCUUGGUUUCUUGAAAGGGGCAUCAUCGGCAAGUUCGCGGGCAAGAAGCUAGCGCGCCGCGUGUGUGGUAGCCUCGAAGUCCAAGAGAAGGGCCCGGCGGUGAUGCAGAUCUCGGAGGUUCCCGACGAGGUGGCGGCACCGACGAGUUCCACUUCUUCGAGCUCUGAGAGCGAGGAGGCUGAUCAGCCCGAAGCUCCCAGCCCGCUGGAGAAGCAGAAGUCCAUCCUCGAGCUCUUAGAGGAUCCUGAGAUCCAAUCCACCUGUAAGGAGAUGGGCAUUGACAUGGAAACCAUGAAGAAGAACCCGGAGUUCGUUGAGGCCAUGGCCCGACAGCUCUACGGCGACGACGCGGUAGUGUUUCCGGAUGAGGAUGUGAAGCAAGUCUUCUUUGAUGACAACGUGCAUCAUCGAGAUCCAAGGAUUAUCGACUGCAGAUCUCCGGAUGGGAGUCAGGUUCCUCCAGCAGAUGCCAUCGACAAGUUGUGCUGCAAGGUCAACUCGGUCGAGGCCAUCAUCGACGACGAGUACUUCUUGCGGAAGCUGCAGAUUUGUCAUGGUGGGAAUCUGCUGAUUAACUCCUCCAUGAUUGAUUUUCAGCAACAGAUGACGGAGGUGGAGGAACAGAAAGUGGCCUUGCAGAAGGAUAUCAAGGCACUGCAAUUGCAACUUUGGAGCAUUUCGGAGGAGAACCGCAGGAUGAAGCUUCUACACCGCGUGAAGCUGGAGAAUGAAGUGGACUUGAGAGACUUCUUGACCCAGCACCACUGCGCCUUGGACAGCUUCGGCAAAGAUGGCUUCAGGAAGCUGUCGGAUCUCUAUGCCGAGUUGGAGCAAGGGCUUUGCUGGUUGGAGCUGGACAUGGACAAAAAGCCUGUGCGGAUUCUGGAGAUGUUGUUUCUGAAGGUGCUCUACAAGGACACCGACAAGGACCCUGGGCAAGGGGCUCGCUUGCUGGAGCUGGUCUCGAAGCACGACUUCCCAAGACUCAUUCAGACCCUAAGCAAUCCUGGUACAGCACUACCGCAUGAUUUCUUCCCAUCUUGGAUACGUCGUGCUGGGGGCUACUUUCCGAAGUUCGCACAAGUGCUCUCAGUUCGUGCUGAUUUGAUUCAAGAUCCUGAAGUUCUUGCAGGAUUCGCAAGAUGUUUGGAAGAUAUGCCCAGUCGUCCUUUGAUUGAAGUGAAACACAUGCUUGAAGGGCUCGGUUGGUCAGAGGCAGUUCUGGGAAUUGAAGAUGCCAUCAAUGCGGGGACCAUUGCACAGGUGCAUGCACUGUCUUUGCACGAGCUGAGAUUGGCGAUUAAGGUCACGUUUCCGGAUAAUCUCCAGCGUUUCCAAACCGACUUCCGACUCUUUGAACAUGCCAAAGCGAUCCUGAAAGCAUUGAAGCUGAAUGAUGAGAAGGCCAACAUCGUGUCCUCGAUGUUCGAUGCAGUUGGAAAGAAUGAGAAAAGUGUACUGCGAGAGUUCGACUUGAUGCAUGAGGCCCGUGCCAUGAGCAUGGCGAGUGACCUGCUUGGACUUUGGCCAAGACGCUAUCAGCAAUGGCAAGCUUCCAUGAUCCACACCAUCAACGAGCUCACCGACAUGCCCAAUGAGAUAAGAGCACUCCUCACAAUGUCCACAGAGCAAUCCAGAACUUGGCACGUAGCAGUUCCCGAAGCGGUAGAAGGCUACGUCACUGCGUUUGCCUUGAUGAUGACUUGGGCAGGUGGCGAGUCAUUGCAACAGCUGGUCUCCAGUCGACCCCAAGAAGCUGCCAUGGUGUUUGUGUCCUUCGUGGUGCCUUUCAUGGGUUGGUUGAUGCUUUGCAAAAGCAGCUCCGCUUUGGCACAUGUGGACCCGCACUUGGGGAACUUCCGCUGGGGCGAUGGAACUCUGUGGAUCUUGGACUGGGGGAGUACGAUCUGCCUGGAGGAGGAUGACAUUGUGGCCACCUUAGCAGCUCGCUUUGGGAUCAAGGGGCAUUCCCAAGAGGUGGCGCGGGUGAUUCGCGGUUUGUUCAAUGCCAGUUGCCAUAGAGAGCCAUCUGAUGCAUUGCAAGAAGCUGUUGCAGAUGAUCUCUUGCAACAUAUGGACGAUGAUAUUGUGCCUGUCGUUCGUUGUCUCGCCAUCCUGGGUGGAAUUCUGAAGAUGAUGCAGCAGAGAAUUCGCGAUGAGCAUCAUCGCGACGUCCCUUUGUCCUUGGCAGUGUUGUUGCUAUUGAGUCCUGCUUGCCAUCCGUUGGGCACACAGCCACCGCUGGGGCAGACGCCCACCGCGCGUCUUCGUGCGCCCGUGGUGGCGUCGCUAGCAGUGCUGGUGGCAAGUGUUCGCAGAGGUUCUCGGACCUCCAGAAGCAUCCGAAGAGCUUGGUUUGGCAAGAGCAACCAAGAUAAGUUUGAAAGCUACGUGGCGCAAUGCACCAACUACACCGAUCGCGAGUUGGCGUGCCUUCCGCCACGAUGGCGGAAGCUGCUCAAAGGGAUCAAAGCUGGCUUGCGGAUCCCAUCGCUGGUGUCGGCCGUGCAGAUUCUUUAUGAUGACGUCAUGCCUUUGCGCAUGGGUGCAGAUCUAGUCUCCCGACAGCUGGAUCAGAAGGUUCGCGAAGUAUCGGAGCGCAUCAGCAGCGACAUCCCGGAUGGUGACUUAUUUGCGCAUCGGGAGUUGUUCGACGCCAUUGACGCCGACCGCUCCGGGAUCCUCAAGAAGUCGGAACUGGAAGCCUUCAACUCCGCCGUCUUGUUGGGUCCAAAUGGACAGAAGGCGCACGACUCGGUGAAUGCUCAGUUGAAGAAUAUCGUUGCUGGCUUAUACGAGGCUCAACAGCCAAUUGGCUUUCCCGAGUUUCUAGAAGGCGCUAGUCGGCUGAUCUGCGAGGACUGCGGCGAACCAUUGAGUUCCGAGCAGACUCGACACAUCUUGGGGGAUUUGAUGCCCCUCGAAGCUGAGAGCGACAGCAAACACGACCAACGCUUUGACGAGAUCGUGCAAUUUAUCCGUGAUUGGGAAAAGGAAGGUACGCACCUCACAGCGAAUGGCCGUCUUGGAACAGUACUGGAAGGCAGCUUUGCCGCGGCCCAAGAUGAAGAUGUGGUGGCUGCCUUGCGCUUCGUCUACAACGACAUCGCGCCCUUUCGACACUCGGAGCCCCACAUGCGUCGCAACUUCCUGCCGGGCGUGGUGAAGGGAUUUAAGGAGGACGUGCAGGAGGCAGUGUCGAAGUUCUUCGAAGCUGGGCUGGAGGUCAACCUGCACCGCUGCGUCGUGGAGGAAUCGCCACCGGCCUUCAACCCGGAGGCUCAGACGCAAAGAUCGCUGGCUACGGAGGCGUAUCCAAUUCCUUGCAAGGUGCAGCAGUUUGAAGCGACCUUCAUCAUCUCGGAUCCGAAGAAUCUUCAAUUUAGCGAUCCCAAGGACUACCAGCACCACAAGGACCUGUUGGCCAAGAUCGGCCUUCCGACGGGGAAGAACUUCACCACGGAGCGCAAGGAGACCAGUGGAGGCAAGAUCACCCACUUUUGGCGCUGGGAUAAGUUGGCCACUUGGGAGGCCACUGCCAUGAACCCUGCCUUGAAGGGUGACAAGACCGGUGUGAAUGUGGCGGAUGUGUGUGAGAAGGUCUUCGGGAAGCAUCCUUACAGAGAGGUCUAUGAGAAUCUGCUGCUGCAGAUGUUCGAAACCUUCAAUGCCAAGAAACUCUGUGGCGGUUUUAGUGGCUCCAUGGUGAUCCGGGUCCAGCCCUUCGAGAAAGACGGACGCCCGGGCGACCCGUGCAUCGUCAAACUGGACCGAGCUGAUGCAAUCCGAGAGGAGACAACCGCUGAUAGGAACAUGUGA